AUGGCGAUAUUUUCUUCCGUUUUCCUGUUCCUCCUAGCGGUGGGACUUGCUCUGCUAACAAUUCUUACGAGGCGCAAAAUCAAGGAAAGCUAUAUCGGCUUCCGUGCUAUAGCUUACAGCUAUGACUUGAUGUCAUCUAGCUUCAGACCCGGCCAAAACACAUAUCAUUUCACUAUUCUUGGAAAUCCUGUGGUUGGAUUGAGAGGUCAAGAAGCGAGGAAAGUGUUCUUCAACGAAAGGAACUUCAGUACUAGUGAAGGAUACAAGGUGUUCAGCAAAGCAGCUCCUGUUCCAGAACUAGCUAAAACGUUACUUUCGGCAGAGGAAGGCCAUGGACUUCACUUCAAGAAGCAACUUGAAAUUCUCGUGAACCAGAAUCGGUUGGCUGACAUUAUCGCAACUAUGCUUGGGGAUAUGCAGCGACUCACGGAUACCUGGAAUAACAAAGGAUCGAUGGAUCCUUUUGACAAAAUCAACGACAUCACCUUUCAUGUUACCGCGCAUAUGAUUACUAGCAACGACUUCGUUUCAGAUCCAGUGAAUUUCUCUCGAUUUCAAACUCAUUUCUUCACCCAACUCAAGAAUAACACUCCCGCAAUGAUUUUCUUACCGUGGUUCUAUCGUAAAUCACAACGAGAAAAAGAAAUAGCUAUAACUUCCCUCUUCACGACCUUAACGAGCUAUAUCGAGGCUCGAGAAAAGGACAAAAUUUCGACUUCUGAACCCAUCGAUCUGUUACUUGACCACGGGAUGAAUUCACAGGAGAUCAUCCAGUUCAUUCUCGGAUUCCUAUUUGGAGGUGUUUACAACGCAACCAAAGCCAUCUCCUGGAUACUUAUCUAUAUCUCGAUGCAUUCCCAAUGGAAAAUGACCAUCCGUUCCGAGGUAGAAAAUGUCCUCUCCAAACAUUCUUUCGAUAUCUCCAAGCCGCUAUACAGGAGACUCACUGAAGUACCGCUCGAGGCCUGGGAGGAAUCGCUGCCUACGCUCGACCUCGUCAUUUCCGAGACCUUUCGCCUGGUCAUGAAUCAAACCGUCUUACGGCGGAAUAUAGGCGAAGAUGUCGAAAUACCUGGCGGACAGGGCCAUGUUCCAAGUGGAGCAUUCGUAGCAUAUAGUAAUGCCGAUGCUCAUCUGGAGCCCGAAAUAUACGACGAUCCUUGGUCAUUCAAGCCUGAUCGUUUUGAACAUGGAAAACAGAAGGUACUCUCAAACGACUUCUUGGGAUGGGGCGCUGGGAGACACCGCUGUGUAGGAUUGGGGAUCGCAAAACUGACGAUCAAGACGAUUGUCUGUUUAUUCGUGAUGACCUACGAUUACGAUAUAACUCGGACGAAGCGCAAGUCUAACCCGACAAUUCCGAUUCCUGAUCAUAACAAGGUGAAUGAGGCACGCCCAAAGGGUGAAGUGAUUACUCUCAAUUACCAACGUAUUGAACAAUCUGUUUCAAUAUAA